AUGAAGAUGCUGCGCGCGCUCUCCGCGCGCGCCUCCUUUGGGACGCUCCCGCGCGCGUUCGUGCCCUCGAUCGAGAGCGCGGGAGCGUCGACGCCGAGGCCGAGGUCUGGGCGUGCGUACGUCCGCGCGCGCGCCGACGCGGAGCGAAGCGUGGAGACGGGAGAGGUGGAAACCACCGCGGCGUUGGUGGGGACGGUGGUCACGGCGCAGGCAAACUUUUUGCGCGUCGUCGUGAACGGUGACGCCGUCAUCGGCGCGCACGCGAGGGAGCGUCGGCGGCAAGUGGAAGAUGCGAAAUCGCGAGCGAGUGAGGCCGGGGCGAGCUCGGACGUCGAGCGAUUGGACGCGAUGUUAGCCAGAGAGGAUCGAAAGACGGAGCUCCUGUGCGUCGCCAGAGCGCUGUUGAAAAAGAUCAAGAAGCGCGUCUUGGUCGGUGAUGAGGUCGAACUGAGCGGGAUCGAUUGGGUGGAAAAUCGAGCGGUGAUUGAUGACGUCGUCGGACGUCGGAGCGAGCUCGUGGAGCCGCCGAUCGCGAACGUCGAUCAGGCGCUGUUGGUGUUCUCGCUCGAGCAACCGCCGCUCGAGGCAAAGCAGUUGACGCGAUUUUUGGUGAGCAUGGAGGCGACCAAGGUGCCGUUCACCCUGGUGUUGAAUAAGUGUGAGUUAUUGAGUGAUGAGGAAGUGGCGGAUUGGAGGGCGCGAUUGGAGGGCUGGGGUUACGACGCGAAGAUUGUGUCCGUCGCCACCGGAAGAGGCGUGGACGAGCUCGAGGAGGCGCUGCGAGGGAAGACAACCGUCUUAGCCGGUCCGAGCGGUGUGGGCAAGAGCUCGCUCAUCAAUAGAUUCCGAUACGGGAGCGCGCUCGCGGGGGCGUUGGAAAGCGUGGAGUCGUCGACGUCGACGUCUGAGGGAUCGGACAGCGAAGGCGAAGAGGCUGCGCGGUACAUAACCGAUUUGGACAUCGAGGGUGGCGGCGGCGGAGGCGUCAAGCGCGGAAGUCGAUCGAUCGAGGACGAAAAGUGGCGAGUCGAUCUGGCGAGUUUAGAUUUACAGUCUGUCAAGGGUGUGGGCUCGAGAAGUGGACGAGGACGACACACGACGCGUCACGUCAGUCUCCUCACGCUGGACAUCGGCGGUUUCCUCGCCGACACGCCGGGAUUCGGCUAUCCCUCUCUCGAGGGUUUCGACACCGAAAAGCUCGCGAUGUGUUUCCCGGAGAUUCGAAACGCGAUCGAAAACUCCGACGCGCGAUGUCAGUUCGCCGACUGCACGCAUCGCCACGAGCCCGGAUGCGCCGUCGCGGACGAGUGCUGGGAGGAGCAGCGAUACGACCUCUAUUACGAGCUCUUCGAGGAGGUCAAACAGAUCGCUGAGAACGAGCGUCAGGCUUACUUCCGCGAAUCCCGCGUGAAAACAAAGUCCGCGACCGGCAAGGACGCGACGCGCAUCGAGGCCAAGCUCGAGACCAAGUCCCAUCGUCGCGUCAGCCGAAGACGCGCCCGAAUGGAAACCGCCGACUUGCGCAAAGCCGUCGCGCACGACGCCGACCGCGAAGACGACCGCGAAGACGAUUUCGACAACGUAGAAGACGACGAACGCGUGUAA